AUGUUGGGGAAUGCUCUCACUCUAUUGCCAUCCAAUGUCAAGGUUGAGUUUAAACCUAACCAUCAAAAUGAUAUCAACUCAAGGUCCACCAGAUAUGGAUAUAUGUCGUACAUUCGCCAGUCAAAGGAGGGAGGUGAAGAGGACAUGUCAGACGCAUGGGAGGAGGCAGGCCAUUAUCAACCAUACGCCUUUGAAACAUCGUCGGGUCUGCCCAUGGGCACGCAACCACCCGCGAUGUAUUACAACACAUAUAGUAGUGGCCCUGGCAAGAUGGGAGGCGGAGGCUUCCAACAGCCAAUGUCCCAGAACAUCUAUGGAGCAGGCGCACCAAUAAGUCCGUAUCCACCAGGUGGUGUUCCAGUGCCACAUCAAUACGCGUCGGGAGGCGUCGCGUCGACACAGGCAGGAGGUCCGUCAUACCCAAGGAAGUUGUGCAGGUUUGCCGAGAGAUGUAGGAAUGGUGACAACUGUCCAUACUACCAUCCUAAGCCAAGUGAUAACUAUUAUAACAAUGCCGCGGCAGCGGCUGUUGUGGGCGUGGGCAAGCAUGACCCGACUGGCCAGGGUGCCACCCAUGUAUAUCCAUCAUCAGCAUCGAUGUUGCCAGCACACUACCAACAAGCCUAUCCAAGUUAUCCACAACAAUACCAUCAGGCACAGCCUUAUUAUGUAUAUCCAAGAGGAAUGUAUGUGGACCAACAAGUGCCGAGUCACCCAUCAGGAGGCAGUCAUCAACCAAUGGCUGCACCACCUCAACCAUUAUCACAACAACGUUCACAAGAGAUGUCCAACCAUCACCAACAACAUCAACAACAUUCUCAAGAAUCAUAUAUAUCAAUGACACCUGAACAACUCAUUCAUUCAUCAUCGAUCCCAUCACCAUCAUCAUCAACAUCAUCAUUAAGUCAUUCAUCACAAUCACCUCGUGAGAGCAGUCCACAAACAGUCAAUCAUACACAACAACAACAACAUCAUCAUCAUCAUGUCAAUGGUCAUCAACAUCAACAACAACAACAACAUAAUACAAGGAAUAGUAAUAAUAUGGCAUCACAUGGAAAGCAUGGAAACAACAACAACAACAACAACAAACAACAACAACAACAACAACAUUCACAUACAUCAGAUGGACAUAAUGAUAAACAACUUGAGACAUCAAUGGCAGCAGCGAUCAAACAACUUCAUUUCAAAGGUGAUGAUACCAAUAAUAAUAAUAAUAAUGAUAAUGUAGUUGAUCAAUCAUCAUCAACAUCAGACAUUCAAUCACCUUCAAACUCAAUACCGACACCAGUAUCAUCACAACAGUCACAACAACAACAACAUAGAAGAGGACAAUAUCAACAAAACUCAACAUCACCGUCAUCAUCACCAUCCUCAUCAUUUGAUAAGAAAUCAUCUAAAUCACCAAAGGGACAUCCAAGAGUACCACAGACAUCAGGUGACCUACCUGUUUAUAAAGGUGGAAUUGGAGUCGCUGGUGUGAAGCCAUUUGGUGGCGGCGGCGGCGGCGGAGGUGGUAGUGGCGGUAGUGGUAAAGGAUCAAAGAAGGAAUCAAACAAUAAUAAUAAUAGCAAUAAUAAUAAUAGCAAUAAUAAUAACUAUCAACAACAUAAGAAGAAUAACUUUCCACCAUUAGUAUCCAAACAUCAUGGAGGUCAACAUACUCCUAUAGUUCCAGCUGUUGUUGCAGAACAACUAAAUGAUCAAGUUGUUUGA